GUCCCAACACGUAUCACGGCAUCUACAUCAUCAGGCUCCAAGAAGCUGUCCUACAUAGCUAGGCUGACCUAUUGAAACAGCAUCUCUCCUCAUGUUUUGGCGCUUUGGCUUCUCGAACACGUCGUCGCUGGAUACGCUCCUUGACCGGCCCAAUGUGUCGCUCGAAGAGAUCCUUGAUGAAGACGAUGUGCUGCAGGAGUACAAGGCACAAAACAACAAGCUUAUCAACUAUCUGAAGCAGCCCAGGAUCCUCAAACGCCUGUUUGAACAUGUCGUCGGCACCGCAGAGGUCGGCGGAUCGGGAGGAAGAGAUUGGGAAGAAAAGGUCCGGUUCAAGUACCCCUAUCUCUGCUCCGAACUCCUUUCGUCGGACAAUUGGGCAAUCGUUGAAGCAGCCCUGGCAGACAGCGAGGAACUCCUAGAACCCUUCUGGGAUGCUGUUCUGACAUCAAGAUCGACGGGUAACCAGCCCUCGGUGCCUCAUCACAUGCAUCCUCUCUUCAGCCAAGAGUCCGCCUCAGCGUCGCAGCCGCCUGGCGGUUUCGAGGUCAAGCAGGACCAGGACGAAGGAGACGGGCAAGAUGAGCAGCGGCAAGAGGGCGAUGAGGAGGAGAGCGAGAGCUCCAAUGCUGGCGUGUUGGGCAUAGAGGUUAAGAACGAGAAGAACGACGAUCGCCGAGUCACGAGCGCAAGGCAGGACGGCCCGGGCAGGAGCGUCUUGGCGGGCUAUUGGGCAAAGGUCAACGGGGCUUUUCUCGAGAAGAAGCCCAGAGAGAUGCUCGCAUUCAUUCGAGGGCUCCCCCGAAUCGUUGACCGCUUCGUCGCCCACCUCGAAACGCCCGCUGUCGUAGACCUACUGUACCGCGUGAUUCAGUGCGAGGAGGCGGUUCCCAACGCCGGCAUCGUUGACUGGCUUUCCGGUCAGGAUCUCAUAAUCAAAGUGGUGGACCUCCUUUCCCCCAGCCACUCGACAGACCUUCACAACACCGUCUCGGAGCUGCUUAAAGCCAUCAUCGCCCUUUCUGCGCCUUCGCCUGCCACGCUCACCCAAGCGCAAGCCGGCGCCGAGGCUUUCGGCUUUGGAGGCGGAUCGGGAACAGGCUCGGACGCUAACAUCGGGGGUGUCAACAAUCGCCUUGUUCGUGAGCUCGCCAGCGAGGCGACAGUCCGCAAGAUGGUGUCAUUCAUGCUUGACGCUUCCUUGCCUUCUCGGCUGACGAGACGGCUAUCAGAGGCGGCCGACGAACAGCUGGCUACGCUGUCGCUCGGUUCGCUCCCCGAUCGAGCUGAAGCCUCGACGUUCCGCAAGCCUUCCAGGGUCGCUGCGCGGAAUGCCACGCUAGGUGCGCUGACUGAAAACGCUGCCAGCAGCGGUAGCGAAGAGUCGGCUGUCGAAGAUGAAGAAGACGACGACGAAUCAUUGCUCAAGUCGCCACCAUCUCGGACGCCUCUCAAUCCGCGCGACACGCCUGCCAGCGAAUCUCGUUCACCGGCGAGCCACGAUCAUCGAGACUCGACGGCAACGAUCCGUCCGACGAACUUCUUCCCAAGCGUCAAGGCGCCGCAGAUCUCUGUCACACCGGAGAGCUGCACCUCGUCGUUGGUGACCUGCAUUGGAGUGCUCAUCGAGCUGAUUCGUAAAAACAACUCCGACUACUUUGAGCAGCACCUCUUCCACACUCUGCGAACCCAUCUCCUACAGCGUCAACAAGAGAUUGCAGAGAAGCGAGCCAUGAAGCGGGCAGAAGAGAAGGAGGCUUCUGCGACAGGGGCUGGUGAUGAGAGCGGAGCAGCGGCUAAUAGCAACGACGACCGAGAUGAAGAGGAAGAAGAGAUGGAGGGCAUGGAGGAGGCCAUGGCUGAAUUAUCGGACAAGCUUGGUGUCGUGCAUCUCGGCCCGAUGCUGCGCGUCGUGUGCGAGCGUCUGCCCGAUCUCCAGCAGCUGAUUCAUCGACCGAGGACGACGGACGGCGAGCUCAAAAACAGCUUGGGGGUCAUCUCUGCCCUUACGUUUGAGCGCUACCGCAUCACCGAGCUGUAUGCAGAGCUCUUGCACUGUUCCAACAUGGCGUUGCUCAACCGUGCCACGGGAGAAGGGCCACAAUAUUCGAGCGAAGGCGCGCUACAGGGCGGCAUCGAGGGCCUCCAAAUUCUUGCACGGACGCUCCAGGGUAAUGAUGCGGCUUCUGAGUCGGACGAGAACGAGGACGAGAGCCGUAGGAGUCGAGAAGUGACUGCAAGAUUAGACGACGUUGAAGGCGAGGCAAAUGCGGAAGAGUCCACUGAGCAAGCGCAGACAGCGGUGCAGAAUGACGCAGUCUCUCAACAAAUGCUGCAAGAGCCCCCACGAACAUCUAGAAAUUCUUCAAAGGACUCGAGGCAUCGGCGUGAGGCUUCUUCGACCCAGCAAUCGAGCUCGUCACAGGACGAGAACGAUGAUGAGGCCCUGCUCAGUGAAGUGUCGCUGGGCAAUGGUGCUGGCGGAGCUCAAACCGAGGAAGCCAAGGAGAAGCAAGAUCCCUUCAAGGAUGAGGGGGGAAAUGGCGGUGGCAACAAGGACGAGGAUGAUGCUCAGAGCAUCCGAUCUGUUCUCUCCAGCUUGUCGCUGGCCGACCUCACGUCGCCGGCACCUUCGGGCCCACCCUCGCCCAUUGAUGAUUCGAAGGAAUAUGUUGUGGGCGACCUGCUCAAAAAGCGAUUCUUGCAGUGCGACGUCAUCCCCACGAUCUUGGAGAUGUUCUUCGAAUAUCCGUGGAACAACUUCCUUCAUAACGUCGUCUAUGACAUUCUUCAGCAAUUUUUCAACGGACGUAUGGAUGCAGGCCUCAAUCGACGUUUGACGCUGGCUGUCUUCGAGGCCGGAAGGCUGACUGACAAAAUUCUCGAAGGCCACAAACGUAACGAUGAAAGCAUGAAGGGGCCCAGGCGCAUCCGGAUGGGCUACAUGGGGCAUAUGAAUCUCAUCGCCGAGGAGACGGUCAAGCUUCUCGAGAGGUACCCUCACGAGAUAGGCAACCACAUUCGCUCCAACAUUCACCAGCCCGAGUGGGACCAAUUCGUCAACGAGAGUCUUCGCGAGAGCAGAGAGAGGGAGGCAGCCCCGCUCGCUGGUGGAAGGCCUCAGAUGGGUCACGGCCUCUUGUCCUUUAGCGGACUUGGCGGCGGUGCCGCUGCGGCUGGCGUAGCGCAGCAAAUGCAACAGGAAGCAUCGCUCGAGGAACAGGAGUCCGCCAUGUCGGGCCGUGACGCAAAUCAUUUCGCGAGCUACCUCUCGUCUCAGAUGGGCGCUGCUGGGAGGGGCAAUGGACGGGAGGGAGGUUCCAGUGCCGGCGAAGACGAGGGUGAUGAUGAUGAUGACGACGAAGCGGACUCGUCUGGAGACGACGACGAUAUCGGUUUCUUCAGCAAUCGUCACCCUGGGCCACCCAAGGAUAUUUCCUCGGACACAGGUGCAGCAUCGGCAUCAUCUGGCUUUGACGAUACCUUCACGCCCUCAUCUCACGUCCCCGGUCAAGGCCACCAGAUCGACGUGGACGACGACGAUGACGAUGACGAAUGGGGGCCAUUUUCGGACGGGUUCGCUGCCACACCAUCGUCAAAUGCUCCCGCUCCUCACGAGGAAGUGUCCAGCAGCGCGGACGCAUACAUCUGGCCAUCUGACUCCCACCCGGAUAAGCCUCCUUCUGAGCCUUACGAAGAGGCAGUCGUAGACGAUGAAGAAGAGGAAGACGAAAGUAAAUCGCCACUCGAUGGUCUGGAAGGUGUGCCAGACGGUGCCGAUGUGAUUCGGGCUGCACACGCCAAGAGACCUUCCCUCGGACAGCAUGAGGCGCCAAAAGCCGCGCUAUCACUAUUAAACGAGGACCUUCGCCGCAAGAGAAGCGCUUCGCAGAGCGGUCGAGACGGACCUGGCGAGGGUACUGGAUCGACGCUUGCAGCCGCUGCCUCUUCUGCUGCAACGAGUGCAUCUGUCGCUCCGGUAUCUUCUUCGCCCCCGGGAGCGGGUUUCGCCGUUGACUCACAAGAACCGCUUGGGCCAGGCGUCUCGCCACACGCCGGAAUUGCGCCAGAUGGACUCGUCGAACGGGAUCUGGGCGAUGGCACGAAAGUUGUAGUGCCUCUGGACGAUGUCGCGUUGGCCGCCGCUGCAAGUGGUUCUUCGGCGACGACAACAGACGAUCAAGAGCAGAGCGAGGGACAGAAGCAAGAGGAUCUAUGAGCAGCAAUAGUGGAAGCUGUCGCUUGAUGUCUUGUUGUCACCUCUUUCAACAAUUUAUUCAUCUUAUCUCCUUGUCUUUCUCAUUACUGCCAUCAGCCAGCGUGCCAGAGAUAUUCCUCAUCUAACGUCCUUCACAUUGUGACGUCCUCGCUCUCAGCAUAAUAGUCGUCAUAAGGUCAUGGGUUUUCAGUGGAUGGAA